AUGAACCACGCCGACCCGAAGAGCGAGGAAAAGCCCUCCACAGCUGUCCACGAUGUCUCGCUUCAGACCUACCUGACGCAGUACGAGCUGGAAUUGACGGCCGACGGGCAGUAUAUUCGAUGGGGGUCCAAGAACCCUCAUCAUCCUCGCAAUUGGGGAACGGCCCGGAAGGUGUAUGACUUGAUGGUCAUCACACUGAUGGAUCUUUUCGUGACCGCAGUGAGCACUGCCGGCACGGCCGCAGCCAAAGCAGCAGACGAGGAAUACCAAAUCAGCCAAACCCUUUCGAUAUUCCUGUUCGUAUCGGUGUCGUUGUUCGGACAGUUGGUAGGGUCUCUUGUGUUUGCCCCUUAUUCCGAAACCUUUGGCCGCAAGAAGCUGUACAUUGGCAGCGGAGUGCUGUUCAGCUUGGGGUGCGUUCUGAUUGCUUCGGUCGAGUCGCUCGUUGGGGUGGUGUUUGGACGCGCCAUUACCGGAUUCCUGUCAGCCAUCCCGGCCAAUAUCCUGGGAGGGAGUAUCGAGGAUCUGUACAGUAGUCGGAAACAGGCAUGGUGGAUCUGCAUCUGGUCCGCCGCGUCAGGGCUGGGCUUGUCCUUGGGGCCGAUCAUGAGCGUGUAUAUCACGAAUUCCCUUGGCUGGCGAUGGGUGUUUUACGUCUAUGCCAUCAUCGUCGCCGCGGUGACCGGGCUGACUCUCUUUAUGCGUGAGUCUCGACCGUCUCUGCUGCUGGGCCGCCAGGUGGCCACGCUGCGGAAGGUGACGGACAUGAACACACCCCCGGCGUUGAAUCCGGACCAUGUUCCCGAUAUGCAAACCUUCGUGCAGGUCGUCCUCGUGCGACCGAUGCAGCUCUUUGCCGAGCCCAUCGUCAUGGCGGUGGGUAUGAUGGCCGGCGGCGCAUUCGGGCUUAUCUAUCUCUUCACCGAAGCCCUACAGCCUAUUUAUGAGUCCCUGGGCUUUUCGCCGGAGCAGGCCUCGCUGUCAUUCGUGGCCAUUGGGAUUGGCAUUUUGAUCAGCCCUCUGACGCGUCUCCUAGAUGACCACAUCUUCGAUAUGAGGGUGCGUGCGGGACUUCCUCUCUUGCCAGAACAUAAGCUGGCAGGCAUCUGCAUCGGCGCGCCCGCCAUGGCAAUUGGGCUGUGGUGGUUCGCGUGGACAAUCCCUCCUUAUGCCUCAGAUCUCCCGUGGAUCGUUCCAACGGUGCCACUGGUGCUGAUCGGGUACGCCUUGAACGAGUAUCCCACGGUGUGUCUGGGGUAUCUGGCGGACAGUUAUCUGAGCUUCUCGGCCAGCGCCGUGGCUGUAGUGACCUGCAUUCGGGCGGUUCUCUCAGCUACCUUCCCACUGUUCACGGCACAGAUGUUCUCAUCGCUGGGGGCAAACGUCGCCUCGUCUAUUCUGGCCAUCCUGGCGACGGUGUUUUGUUUUAUUCCACCGUUAUUCGUGCGGUAUGGGACGCGAAUCCGAGCUAAAAGCCGGUUUGCGAGGUACAGUCUGCAAACCUACAAGGAGAAUUGCAUCCACCCGGACGAGUUUAUUCAGGAUGGCGAUUAGGCAAUGAUCGACAUCGACUGGGGUUAUAAUGACG